GCUGACCAGUGCACGGGGCUGCAGGGCUUCCUGGUGUUCCACAGCUUCGGGGGGGGCACGGGCUCCGGCUUCACCUCCCUGCUCAUGGAGCGCCUCUCGGUCGACUACGGCAAGAAGUCCAAGCUGGAGUUCUCCAUCUACCCGGCGCCGCAGGUCUCCACGGCCGUGGUGGAGGCCUACAAAUCCAUCCUCACCAUGCUGUACCGCGGGGACGUGGGGCCCAAGGAUGUCAACGUCGCCAUCGCCACCAUCAAGACCAAGCGCAGCAUCCAGUUUGUAGACUGGUGCCCGACUGGUUUCAAGGUGGGCAUCAACUACCAGCCGCCCACGGUGGUGCCCGGGGGGGACCUGGCCAAGGUGCAGCGCGCCGUCUGCAUGCUGAGCAACACCACGGCCAUCGCCGAGGCCUGGGCGCGCCUGGACCACAAGUUUGACCUGAUGUACGCCAAGCGGGCGUUUGUGCACUGGUACGUGGGGGAGGGCAUGGAGGAGGGGG